GCGCGGGCCGCCUGAGCUGCCGCCGCCCCACACGCGGGACGCCGGAGUCGCCGCCGUAUCCUCGCGCGCGGGCCGCUGAGCCGCCGCCAACUCCGACGCGCGCAGGCAGCCGCUGCCUCCUCGCGCGCUGGCCGCCUGAGCCACCGCCGCCACCGCGCGGGACCGCCUCUGCCUCCUCGCGCGGGAUGCUGCUGCGUCCUCGCGCGCGGGCCGCCGCCGCCGCCGCGCCGGACUCCGGAGCCGCUGCCAUGGCGGUACAGGAAACUUGAGCACUCGGAGGUCAGGUGGGCAAGUUCUACCUUGCCCUAUUGGUGGGUCCGCCACUGGCCUCUCGUCCCUUCCUCACGCUGCCCCUCCGUUCGCCACCAUCAUCUAGCAGUCGCCGCCCCUCCACCCCCGGCCGCCGCAGCGCGACGCGCCAGUCUCACGGUCCCUCGUCACUUGCUAGUCUCUGACUCUGAGCAGAGAAAUACAGGCCUCGGGCAUGCCCAGCUCCGGCGCCCCGCUGGCCCCGUUCCUGGUCGCAUCCCUCAAGCGGGCUUCCCGACUCCGCUGCGGCGAACAGCUGCACGCGCUCGCGGCCAAAUCGGGCCUUUUCGCCUCCAACGCAUUUGUUCGCAACUCCGUCCUCGCCUUCUACUCGCGCCACCCAUCCUCCCUUGCCAGCGCCCACCAGCUGUUCGACGAAAUACCCCCGCCGCUCCGCGAUGCCGCCGCACGCAACACCCUCCUCGCCGCGCUGGCCCGUGCGGGGCACCUCGACUGCGCGCAGCGCCUGCUUGAGGACAUGCCGCAUGGCCACAGGGACGCUGUCUCGUACACCACCCUCGUGACCGCGCUCGCGCGCGCCGGACACGCGGGGCGCGCUGUGGCUGUGUUCCGCGGCAUGCUCUCAGAUGAUGUUCUCCCCAACGAGGUGACUCUCGCAGGCGCUGUAACCGUGUUCGCCAGCCAUGGGGCAGCGGCCACAGUGGGAAUGGCGCAUGGGGUCGCUCUGCGCCGGGGGCUGGAUGGAUUCAUCAUUGUGGCUACCAACCUGGUCCAUGCGUAUGCCUCGGUGUCAGCGCUCCAUUCUGCCCGUGCUGUGUUCAAUGGGAUGCAGCAUAGGAAUAGGGUCACCUGGAAUGCAAUGCUCAAUGGUUAUGUGAAGGCAGGGAUGAUGGACCAGGCUGCAGAGGUGUUCUGGAGGAUGCCAGAGCGGGAUGUAGUAUCUUUUUCCACGAUGAUUGAUGGGUACAUCCGUGCAGAUAUGGUAUCAGAUGCUCUGAAGGCUUACAUUCAUAUGGUGAGUGAGCUAGACGCCAAUGGUAGUGAAAUGCUGCUUGUUGAUCUGGUAAAGGCAUGUGCUCGGUACUAUGCUGUCACAGAAGGGCGGCAGCUUCACACUGUUAUUCUGAAGCAUGGUUUUGAUGCCCAUGCAUUUGUGCAGGCAACCCUGAUCCAUUUCUAUGGGUGCUGUGGUCUUAUUGGCUGUGCCCAGAUGCAGUUUAGAUUGUCAGACAAAUCACACAUUGCAUCAUGGAAUGCUCUUUUGGCUGGUCUACUAAAGCAGGACCUAACUUAUGAAGCAAGGCAGCUGUUUGAUAAUAUGCCUGAAACCGACAAUAUUUCUUGGAGUACUUUGAUAUCUGGGUAUGUGCAGAUUGGACGUUCAGACAUGGCUUUGCAGCUUUUCUUUUCGAUGCUGAAUUCUAGCGUUGAACCAAAUGAGAUCACAUUGGGAAGUGCUCUAUCUGCAAUUGCUGAUUCUGGCACAUUGGAUCAAGGUAGAUGGAUCCAUGAAUAUAUAAUCAACAAAUCAGUCCAGCUUACUGAUAACCUGAGUGCUGGGUUGAUAGAUAUGUAUGCCAAGUGUGGAAGCGUUGCUGAUGCAGUGCAGUUUUUCAAUCAUGCCAAUGAUAAGUUCUCUUCAGUUUCUCCAUGGAAUGCUAUGAUUUGUAGUUUAGCUAUCCAUGGUUAUGCACACAUGUCACUUGAUCUGUUUUCACAAUUACAGAAGACCAAUAUUAAGCCCAACUCAAUCACAUUCAUAGGUGUUUUAAGUGCAUGCUGUCAUACUGGGAUGGUACCUGAAGGAAAGCGUUAUUUUGAGUCCAUGAGGACAGUAUAUGGAAUCCAGCCAACAAUCAAACACUAUGGUUGUAUGGUUGAUCUUCUUGGUCGAGCUGGCUAUUUGGAAGAGGCUGAACAGCUUGUUUUAAUGAUGCCCAUGAAAGCAGAUGUUGUGAUUUGGGGCAGCAUCCUUUCGGCAGCAAGGGCACAAGGAAACAUAGCAUUAGGAGAGAAAGCAGCUGAAGAACUAGCUAAGGUUGACCAAACCCAUGGUGCAUCAAAAGUAGCCUUGUCUAAUAUAUAUGCUGAUGCUGGUCGUUGGACCAACGUUUCAGUUGUGAGGAAGGAGCUACAGGAUGAGAAUUUUGAGAGAUUAUCUGGAAACAGUGGCAUUGUACAGUAAUAGGAUAAAGUAUUUUUCAAUUAGCUCUAAUGGUCAACUGAUGCUGGUCAUAUUCAUUAUGUCUGCUGAAGAUGCUGUAAUAAUUGUUCUCUGUCAAAAGUAAAAGCAACUGCAAGCAAGAUAUAGUGACUGAAAUAUAAUUUUGACUGGCUACAUAUUACCAAAAACAAUUGAUGAAGAAGAACUAGAAAAUUUUGGAGAACUGUCACUUCAUAAGCAGGACAACUUCAUGGAAAACUUCGUCAGCACUGCAUGAAGCAGGACCAGGGACGGCACCAAAGGAGCUGGGCGGAGGUGAUCCCUAAAGAUUGUGCUGAGUUCAUGGAUUUGAAAUAGAGGUCAACGCCAAAACCUUGCUUGGAGAAUCAAAUUUUGAUCAUAUUUUGCUGAGGUAUGAUUGGAACUAGCAAUAAACUCUCGGAAGUUAGAAGCUUGAAAUUGUGCUUGAAGUUCCCUUAUGCAUACAGCAUACCACAAAUAAAAAUUUCCAUGUUACUCUCUAGAACUGGCCUAGCUGAAAUCUGCUGAAACUUGACGGGUAUCUAAAACCCACUGAAGAUAAAAUGCAACAGUUGGUUGGUAGCCGCCUUUCCAACAUGACCACAUCCAUACACUUCAGGUCACUGUUGAAACCUGAUCUAUUUGUGCUGCGAGUUUCGACGCCAGGUAUGGUUGUAGGCUCGCUCUUAGUUGUGUCUUCAUCGUAUAAAAUAAUUCUUGAGACGUGACAGCUUACGCGCAGAGAAUGAAAGCUAGAAUUGAUAGAUCCAUUUUAUCUUCUUCAGAAGUACCCCCUUCAGACCCGAGUACGACUGCUGCACGUUCCACUGCCACUGCGAAAUAAAUUUGGUAUCCUGAUCCCAUCGUAGGUCAAGCGUCAAAGAACAAAGAGCCACCGAGUCUAUCCGGAAAUGGAGAUCAUGCCACUUUAACAAAAGGAUAGUGAGGCAUUUUCCAGUUUUGUUCAUUUUCAAUAAGCACCAACAUCUAACAUUAUUCCAUCCAUUGCCCCCCCCCCCAAAAAAAAAAAACCCCACCCCCUACCCAAAAAAAAAACUGCAAUUGUGACAUCCUGGCCCGCCCAAGAUGAAUUUAAGCCCACUAGUGCCCCAUGUAUGAGUGGCAUGACAUGUGUGAGGAGUUGUUCCACCUUUCUAAUUUAGGGUGAGGUAAGACCUUGGUUGCCUUCUCGAGUGUUCCCCAGUGAACAGUAGAGAGAGGCCUUUUCCCCAAAUUUCUGCAUCUUUCUCUCCGAGAUUCGAUCCAGGAAGUUGGAGGAAUCUUGCAGGCAUCCAUCCGGUGGAGUGCGCUGCUUGCUGAUUGAAGGAUUUGUGUGGUGCUUCUGCAUUCUCGCCUCGCUGGGCAAGUUUUCUCCACUGGGAUAGAACUUCCGAUUCGGGGCGACUAAGGGGUGAUCCUAGCAUCACUGCCCGUCCUUGGUCGGAGCUUUGUGCCCGGUGGCCAGAAAGUGUGGCGGAUGGCGGCGAUGCAGAAGAUGGGCAAGAAGAUUGCAGUCUUGGAGAUGAGGGAGGGGGCUCCCCGUAUUGCAGGAGUUGAGAAGAGGAUAGGUACAACCCCGAAGGAGAAGAACCAAGGUUUCGAAGAACAGGUAUCUGAUUUAUUUGGGAAGCUAAAUUUGACUGCAAAAGAGAAUGAAACAUUGGUUUUAGAAGACCUUGAAGAAUCUGAUUUGGCUGUGGUGAAUCAUGCGGUGAUUGGGAAAGUUCUUGCGCCUAGUUCUUUACAUUUGCAAACAAUUAUGUCUGCUAUGCGUCUGGCCUGGGGCAACCCAAGGGGAUUGGAAGCAAGGUUUUAAAAAACGCUAGACGCUAGGUGAACGCUAGCCUAUGGUUUAGAGUUUUUUGUGAUUAAACGUAGAUUAAACGUCUUUUGUGAUUAAACGACACUGUGAUUAAACGCAACGCUAGGCCAAAGUUUAGAGUUUAAUCAAGAUUAAACGUAGUUUUAAAACGUUUUUUAAAACAGGGAUUGGAAGCAAGGAUGGUGGGGGAUAAUCUCUUUAUAGCUGAGUUUGAGUCUGAGCAUGAUAAGAACAGAGCCUUGGAGGGAUCUCCAUGGUUUAUAGGCCGCCAAUCAGUGGGAAGAAAUGCAGUGAUUUUACAGGAGUUUAACUAUGAUUUAAGGCCAAGUGAUGUCAAGUUUGACGAGAUGGCUAUUUGGAUCAACAUUCUGAAUCUACCUUUUGGGCUAAGGAAUGAGAAGUGGGGUUUUGAGCUUGCUGGUAAGAUUGGAAAACAAGUCUUGAAAGUGGAUGUUGAUGAACAAAAAAGGGCAGUGGGGAAAGAGCUGAGAGCAAGAGUAAUUAUUUCAUUGAAAGAACCAUUGUGCCGAGGGGUAUCUGUUGUUUCUUCUAGGAGACAGAGAAGGGAAUGGUACGAUGUGGUGUAUGAAAAAGUCCCAUAUUUUUGUUUUUCCUGUGGCAUUAUUGGCCAUUCAGAGAUUGAAUGUCCUAAGCCGGCUCUCCGUGAUGAUAAAGGUUGUUUACCAUACAAUGAAAAAUUACGGGCACCUGAUGAGAGGAAAAUGAAGAAUCAGGGUGAAUGGCAUACUCAAGGAGAUAGCUCAUCUAGAAGGAGUAAUUCUGCUGGAGUGAGGGGGAGUGCUGACUCAAAAAAAUCUGAGACAAAUAAGAGUGAUGACAGUCAAAAAGAUGGUAUGGAAGGAAGAGUGGAUGCUGCUACCAUUGAAGCAUUUUCGCCAUUAAGAAAUCAAGUGUCCAAAGUUGGUUUGCCUCCAGAUGAUUUUCAGUCAACAAUACACUCUAAGAAACGUAAACCUGAUGAGAGGGUGUUCCAAAACAACUUGGAUGACAAUGAGGACAAUACCAUAGAAGUCUAUGAGGAUUUACCUAUGGCCCUAAUGCCAAUAAUGCUAGGGGAUAAUAAUUCUCAAGAAAGAUUGGGAGAAAGUGAACUCUCGGAUGCUUCUAAAAAAAUGAAAAAGGAAAACGCGGGGCUGCUGGAACAGCCUCGCGUGCAAAAUUGAGGCUAAUAACAUGGAAUUGCCAGGGAUUGGGGAAUGGCCCGGCAAUUCGAGGGCUUCUGGAUAUCCAGAAGCGGGAGGCCCCUGAUGUCCUUUUCUUGUCGGAAACUAAACAUGAUGAAAAGUGGAUGGAUUGGUUGAGGUGGAAACUGGAAAUGCCUAAUAUGGUGGUUGUUGAUAGUGUGGGAAAUAGUGGUGGUUUAGCUCUGUUUUGGAGGAGAGGAAUUCAGCUUGCUGUGAAAAGCUUCGCGAUAGUGUGAUAGGAGGAGAUGAUGGAUUUCAGUGGAGAUUCACUGGUAUUUAUGGGGAGUCAAGGAAUGAGAACAAGAAUAAUACGUGGAAGACUUUACAUUAUUUAAAGGAACAAUUUGAGAUGCCGUGGCUAUGCAGCGGAGAUUUCAAUGAAAUUUUGUUUGGCUGUGAGAAGGAGGGUGGGCCACCAAGGGCUGAAUCGAGUAUGCAAAAAUUCAGAUCGGUGUUGGAGGAAUGUGGACUACAUGAUCUGGGCUUUGUGGGUGACCCUUUUACUUGGCGGAAUAACCAUCACAUGGCUGCUGGUUUUAUAAAGGAGAGACUUGAUAGAGCAGUCGCUAAUCAGUGGCGGAGGACGGAUUGAAAGUUAGGUAUGGCAGAACUGGAUUGACGAAGCUUAAAACUGCAAUAUAGCACUAGUGUUGAUGCUUAACAGGUUUAAAUGCAUCUCAAAACAACUCAGUCCAAAGUUGAGCAUGCAUUCCCACCAAAACCUGAGGUAUGGCGACUGCCCUACCUUGCCCUACCGAGCCCUCCGCCACUGUCGCUAAUAGUGCUUGGAGAUGUAAGUUCCCAGUGGUGAGGGUUGUUAAUGGGGACCCCAGACAUUUAGAUCAUAGACCAAUUAUAAUUGAUGUGGGGAAUAAAGAGAACAACGAGUGGAAUGGCCCUAUGCAGGUGUUUCCAAAAUUUGAGGCUAGAUGGCUGCAAGAGGAGUGUGAGGCUCGAGUGAUUGAUGCAUGGGGGAGAGCUUUAGAGGAAGGGGUUAACAGCAUGGUGGAAAUGCAGAAGAAGGUGCUGGGCGAUCUAUGGGAAUGGGAUAGGAAUGUUUUAGGAGAACUGGAGCGGAGAAUUAAAAGAGCUAAAAGGGAGUUAGAGAUCUGCAGACGACAGGGCAUUUCUCAAGAAUCAGUAAAUUGAGAACAUCUAUUGCGUUAUAAACUUGAACGGCUGCAAGACCAACAUGAUAUAUAUUGGAGGCACGAGCUCAUAACACAUGGUUGACAAAGGGUGACAGAAAUACUAGUUUCUUCCAUGCAUUUGCAUCAAAACGGAGAAGGAAGAAUUGGAUCAGUAAGUUGAAGGAUGACAACGGUGAUACGGUGGAGGGAGAACAAUUAAAGAAUUUUAUUGCUAACCAAUAUCGGUAUUUGUUUUCUUCACGUGUAGGACAAAUGGAUGAAGUGCUGAGCUGUGUCGACCCUAGAGUUACACAGGACAUGAAUGAGACUUUGAUGAUGCCAUUUACAGGAGAGGAGGUAUGGAAGGCCCUUGAGAGCAUAGGAGACUUGAAGGCCCCUGGCGCUGAUGAAGGUUUAUCAGCAAUGUUGCAAAAAGCUGAGCGUGAUGACAGAAUUGAAGGCAUCUAGAUUUCGCGAGGUGCACCAAGAGUAAAUCACCUAUUCUUUGCUGAUGACUCUUUGAUAUUGAUGAGGGCUACAGCAAGCGAUGCACAAGAGCUCAAGUGUAUUUUGGAGGUAUAUGAAAGGGCUUCUGGACAGGUUAUCAAUAGGGACAAAUCAUCUAUAAUGUUCAGCCCAAACACAAGCCAUCAAGUUAGGAAUUCUAUGGUUUCAGACCUGUCUAUUGGGUUCGAAGCUAGGAGUGAACGAUAUUUGGGGCUACCUGUUUCAGUGGGAAAAUCAAAGAAGAGAUCAUUUGAGUAUAUCAAAAAGAAGAUUUGGAGCAGAAUUCAGGGCUGGCAGGAGAAACUUCUAUCGAAGGCUGGUAAGGAAAUUCUUAUCAAAGCUGUAGCACAAUCUAUCCCCACCUAUGCUAUGUCAUGUUUUGAUCUUACAAAAGGUCUAUGUGAGGAGCUAAAUAUGAUUAUUGCUAGAUACUGGUGGAGUCAGCAAGACAAAACAAAUAAAAUUCAUUGGCUUAGUUGGAAAAAACUUACACGAUCAAAGAAAAAAGGUGGUUUAGGAUUUCGGGAUUUGCACUUGUUUAAUUUGGCAAUGUUGAGCAGGCAAGCAUGGAGGCUGCUGACUAGCCCUAACACAUUGUGUGGGCAGGUACUGAAGUCGAGAUAUUUCCCAAAUUCGGAUAUUCUUCAUUGUCAGCCGCGUGCGGGCAUUUCAUAUACCUGGAGAAGCAUUCUGAGAGGAGCGGAACUGUUGAAGGAAGGUAUUAUAUGGAGAUUCGGUAACGGGGAGAAUGUGAAGAUAUGGGAGGACCCAUGGCUGCCCAGAGGAUCUACAAGAAAACUGGCCACUCCUAGAAGAUCAUGCUUGCUAACAAGAGUUAAUGAACUUAUUGAUCCAGUUACGGGUGAAUGGGAUGAGCAGCUAAUCUGUGACAAUUUUUGGCCAGAGGAUGCGGCCGAGAUCUUAAGGAUUCCAAUUAAUGUACAUAUGGAGGACUGGCCUGCAUGGCACUUUGACCCAAAGGGCUUAUUUUCAGUUAAAUCAGCUUAUAAAGUGGCAGUGACAAGAAGAGAUGCUCUUACAGGCAGAGAUGGUUCCACUUCUGGGAAUGUAAAUGGGGGUGGGGAUGAAUUUAAAUGGCACAAAAUAUGGCAGCUCAAAGUUCCCAAUAAAGUGAAGAUGUUUGUGUGGCGAUUAGCACACAACAGCCUACCUGUGAGAAGAAAUGUGGCUAACCGAGGUAUCAAUAUUGAUACUAUGUGCCCGGUUUGUAGAAGGUUUGAUGAAGACUGUGGACAUCUAUUUUUCAAAUGUAAGUUUGCUAAGCUGUGCUGACGCCUCAUGAAUAUGGAACACAUUAGAGCUGAAUUGGUGAAUUGUCAAUCAGGAGUGGAAACAAUUAAUAAGAUUUGGGGAUUUGAUAGACACAUACAACUGAAAGUUAUUGUAUUUCUUUGGAGAUGGUGGUCAGCAAGAAACAAGGUCAAUGAAGGUGAGAGGAUGCAGAGUGCGAAUGAGAUUUGUAGCUCUGUAUGUUAUUUCUUGAUGGAGGUUCAAAAAUUGGAGAGAAACGCAAUGAAACAAACGGCUGUGGCCCGGUAUAGUUGGAAACCACCCCCUGCAGACAUUUAUAAGAUUAAUUCUGAUGGGUCUUUCGAUCCGAGUAGCAGAUCAGGGGGUUGGGGAUUUAUUGUAAGGGACAGUAGCGGUGAGGUUCUAGCUGCAGGAGCGGGUAAUAUUACCUACGCAGCAUCAUCUUUGCAAGCUGAAGCUAUUGCAGUGUAUAAGAGUAUGACACGAAUAAUCUUGGAGAUGGACGCUACCGUCCUUGCUUCUGCUCUGAAAUCAUGCUGUGUUGAUCGAAGUGCUAUUGGUGGUUUGGUGUAUCAGAUACGAGACAUUAUGUGUGACGAUUUCUCCUGCUGUACUGUCUCUGUGUGUAAUCGAAGCUGUAAUAAAGUGGCAGAUUGCUUAGCUUUUUAUGGAGUGUAUGUGUUGUUCUCUGGUUCUGAAGUGUUUAUGAACCAAGUACCAGACUAUGUAAAGGACCUUGUUUUGGGCGAUUUGCCCAAUAUUGUCUAACGUGUUAGUGAUUUGAAUAAUAAAAAAUUUAGGGUGAGGUUCAUCAACAUGUAAA